AUGACCAGCAGUGGUGAUAGGUUGUAUCAGGUCCCAGGCAACAAUGGCAUUCCUGUUGAUGUUCGAAAACCAGGUGGUGCAUACAAUGGUAGGGAUGGUGAUAGUGCAAGGCACAAGCGGUGUGGUGGGUGUCGCAUUUUUUCACUCUUGGUUAUCCACAUUUGCUUGCUUCUGGGCUUAUCAUUUGCUGAAGACCCGUUUGUGAACUAUAAUUUUGUGGUCUCAUAUAUUACUGCUUCUCCUCUUGGCGUUCCCCAGCAGGUUAUUGCCAUCAAUGGCAAGUUUCCAGGUCCCACCAUUAAUGUCACCACUAACAACAAUGUUGUUGUCAAUGUGAGGAACAAAUUAGAUGAAGAUCUCCUAAUGCACUGGUCUGGUAUACAGCAGAGGAGGACUUCUUGGCAAGAUGGGGUGCUUGGCACAAACUGUCCCAUCCCUUCCAAGUGGAAUUGGACUUACCAAUUUCAGGUUAAAGAUCAGAUUGGGAGCUUUUUCUACUUCCCUUCACUCCAUUUUCAACGAGCAUCAGGUGGUUUUGGCACUUUCAUUAUCAAUAACAGGCCUAUUAUUCCAAUUCCUUUUGAUACCCCUUAUGGGGAUAUCACAAUUUUGAUUGGUGAUUGGUAUACCCAAAAUCACACUGCUUUGAGGAAAACCCUUAAUGCUGGGAAAGAUCUUGGCAUGCCAGAUGGUGUUCUAAUUAAUGGGAAAGGACCUUUUAGAUACAAUGAUACUCUUGUUCCUGAUGGCAUAGACUAUGAAACAAUUACAGUCGAACCAGGCAAGACUUACCGGCUUCGUGUAAGCAAUGUUGGAAUAUCAACUAGUUUGAACUUCAGAAUUCAGAGCCAUAACCUACUUUUAGCAGAAGCCGAGGGCUCAUAUACAGUACAACAAAACUAUACUAGCUUAGAUAUUCAUGUUGGACAAUCAUAUUCCUUUUUGUUAACCUCAGAUCAAAAUGCAAGCAGUGACUACUACAUUGUUGCAAGUGCAAGAAUUGUGAAUGAAACAUUAUGGCAGAGAGUCACUGGCGUUGCAAUCUUGCACUAUACAAACUCAAAAGGGAAGGCAUCUGGUCCUCUUCCUGACCCACCACAAGAUCAAUUUGACAAGACCUUCUCAAUGAACCAGGCAAGAUCUAUCAGAUGGAAUGUGUCCGCUAGUGGUGCUCGCCCAAACCCUCAAGGUUCGUUUAGAUAUGGUUCGAUUAAUGUAACUGAGGUGUAUGUACUGAAAAACAAGCCACCUGUAAUGAUUGAUGGGAAACGGCGAACUACACUUAGUGGGAUUUCCUUUGUGAAUCCUGCUACACCAGUCAGGCUUGCUGACCAAUAUAAAGUGAAGGGAGUGUACAAGCUUGAUUUUCCGACUAGGCCACUUACAGGACCACCUCGGAUGGAAACAUCAAUCAUUAAUGGUACUUACAGAGGAUUCAUGGAAGUGAUCUUGCAGAAUAAUGAAACCAAGGUGCACACCUAUCACAUGAAUGGAUAUGCCUUUUUUGUGGUUGGAAUGGAUUAUGGUGAGUGGACAGAGAAUAGCAGGGGCACUUACAACAAGUGGGAUGGAAUUGCUCGCACCACAACACAGGUUUUUCCCGGGGCGUGGACUGCAAUCUUGAUCUCACUGGAUAAUGUCGGAGUUUGGAACAUCAGAACAGAAAACCUCGACUCAUGGUAUCUAGGACAAGAAACAUACAUUAGGGUUGUCAAUCCAGAGCCCAAUAACAAGACCGAGUUUUCAAUGCCAGACAAUGCCCUAUUCUGUGGUGCACUGAGCAAAAUGCAAAAGCCACAGGACAUAUCUUUUGCUACGUCGAUGAAGGGCAUUGAAUCAAAAGUGUUUUUCAGUUUGCUGUUGAUGGCAUCUGCAUUCAUUUCCUUAUUUUGA